GUACCUGGAGGAGGCGGGGGGCGAGGAAGGAAGGAGUCGGGUUGACGAGCGCUCGUGCGGGAGGGCCACUGUGCGGGGAGAGGGGCUCCUGAGCACGCGCGCGGCGACGAGACUGUGGGAACUCUCGCGAGAUCUCCUGGUGCUUUAUGUGGACGCAGAGGAUCCGCGUCCUUUCCCGGGUGCAGUUCCAUCCUGCAGCACAGAAGCCGUUUCUCUCCUCCUCCUUCUCUCUCACCUGAGUGCGUGCUACCGCCCCCUGGAAGAUUGUUUGGACAUGGACAUGAGCCCUUUGAGGCCCUAGAACUGCCUUUUCGGUUGUGAACUAAAGGCCGACAAAGAUUAUCACUUUCAGGUGGAAAAUGAUGAAAAUGAGCACCAAUUAUCUUUACAAACGGUCAGGUUAGGGGCUGGUGCAAAGGAUGCAAAGUGGACAGCACUUAGUAGCUGUGGAGGAAGAUGGAGUCAGAAGAUGACGAGGAGGAGGAUGUGAAACUCAUGUCUGGAAAGCGUUCUGCCCCUGGAGGUGGUAGCAAGGUUCCGCAGAAAAAAGUAAAACUUGCUGCUGAUGGAGAUGAUGAGGACGAUGAUGAGGAUGAGGAUGAUGAAGAGUACCGCAAGCAUGUCAAACUCGCGGCCCACAACGAAUAUUUUUGCGGCCCAGCCAAUACAACGCUACAGAUGGAGCUCCUUUGAUGACCGGAAACAAUGGUUUCGUGGAAUUACUGCAAAAAAAACAAAGUGAAAUUUAUGACGGAUCCAUGAUUCAUCAUAUACAUUGCAUUAUACAUCAAGAAGUAUUAUGCGCAAAGGUAAUAAACAUGGAAAAUGUGUUGACAUCUAUCAAAAAAA